AUGGGCUUCUGUGACGCUGCCAGGAGGACGUCGCCCAAGAGGCGCGACACUCUGGCCGAGAUGGGGGCAAGGAGGAAAAGCGAGCCGGCGCACGUUUGCACCGCGUCUCCGUUCACUUCCGUCUAUGCCGGGUCCACCAGUGGGACAGGCGAGUUCGGUGCCAGCCUUGACGGCGAGGGUGGCGCCUCGACUACGACGGCCUGCGUCACGCAAAGGUUUCCUCCCACCAGUAGUGAGGUGGAAGGCGUGUACAGACAGAACACAGAACAGUGCCGACUUCCACCCACGGCGACGCAGGUGGACAUGCCACAGACUACGCGGCGAGGCCAUGGCGGGGCGGCAGUGGUGACAAAAUCUCUACCGCCAUCACAAAGGCCGUGUGCACCACCCACCGUUUAUGCUGCCGUGGACAUUAGUGGACCCCUUUUCACAGCCUUUCUUUCGUACACGGACGCGGUGGUCAGAAAGACGGAAACAAAAUCUCUGUUACCGGAAGAGGAGGAGGGAGAGCGUCACUCUCUCCUUUCUGGGGGGUCGGACUUUGUCAAGGUGCGACUGCUUCCCUCGGGGAACUUCCCUUUAUCUUACACAGGAGGAACUCCGUGUCAGCCCAAGACGGCCCCUGUGGCGCUGUCUUGGUUUCUGCAGCGUCACCACGAGCUUGCCGCCACCAUGUUGUCGAUGGGAUUUGGUUUUCUUCUUGCUCUCGAGGGUCACCAGUUCUCCUGGAAAAAGGGAGUGGAGGUUCCGCUGACGGCGCUGCAAUUACUGGCCAGCUAUGCCUACACCGUGACGUGUAGGGAUGAGGUGAAAGACUUUGAUGCCCUUACUGCAAGUCAGCAUCUCCUUGUUAUGGCCGCCUGCCUUCUUGCGUGCUGGAAGUAUGCAGACGUCGACGCCAGUGCUGUAGCACUGCUCCGUAUCCUUGAUGAAACAUUCUUUCGUCACCAGCAUGUACUUAAAGUGAAGGAUACUAUCCACGUGGAGUCGGUUGUUCUCAGAGUAUGUGGAUUUCGCGUGGAAGAACCCCGCUGGUGGGCGGUCGCUCUUGAACUCCUUUCAGAGUCCCAUGGCGAAGAGGAAGAACUGCUAAGGACGAUGAAGGACGAGCAGAUGGAGGAUCACGAGGAUGUGCAACUGUGGUGGCCGCACUUACUUGCCGAGAAGAAUGAGUUUCACGCCCGCUAUGAAACCAAGUUGGAGAAACUUCUGCUGGCCAGCGAGCGGAUUCUGCUCUUCGUAAUGGAUGUGGCCGCAGGAGAGGAUGAGGAUGAAGGCAAUGUUGAGCAGGAGGGAUGCGCAGGUGGCCUUCGCCAACGCUGCCAGCUGCGUCGCCUGCCCCUGGCUUGGAUGGAGUCGCAUCCUCUCUUUGGCGCCGCCCUUGCUGUCGCUUCUGGUGCAGUGGAGCUGGAAUGGGCGGCGUCCCGCGUUGCCCCAAUGGGUGUCGUGCGCCACAAGCUGAAGAGCGGCGAAAACGCCGGCGGAGUCCUUGAGCCGUGGGGAGGGCUUCCCUCCUGCGGUGCUCAGGACGUCAUCCGCGACGCCGACGAGGCGGCUCAGCAAGAGCUGUACAGCAUGGUGGGAAUAGUGAAGGAGCUGUCCGACAAUUGCUUGGAGGUUGAGACAAGGAACGAACGGUGGAGUUAG